UUUUUCCCUUUCCUUUUUGCUAUCUCACGUCUUCCUUGGCUUCUUUCAAUUCAUUCCAAAUUCCAUCUGAUCAUAUAUUCAUCACUUUUCUUAUUUUCAAAGACAUACAUAUAUACAUAAUAUUCAAUUUCCAGAUAAAUUACUAGUAAUAUUAAUACGAUCGAUCAUCAUAUAUAUAUAUACUACGUACGUACAGAACAUGAAUUCAACUCAUCCCUCAUCAGAAGUAGAACUUGUACAAGAACCAAGUAUCGAUACCGAUAAACUCAGCUAUGAAAUAUUUUCAAUCCUCGAAAGCAAGUUCUUAUUUGGUUACGACAAUCAUAAUCAUGAUCAUGAUCACGAUAACAACACCCACACUACUCCAUGGAAACCGAAACCCGAAAACAACAACGACGUUGUUGUUCCAUCCUACAAAAACCAAUCAAGAGGCAAAAUCUGUGUUUUGUCAAUUGACGGCGGUGGAAUGAAAAACAUUUUAUCUGGCAAAACCUUGGCCUACCUAGAAACCUUGUUCAAACAAAAGUCUGGUGAUCCGAACGCCCGUAUAGCCGAUUUUUUCGACGUGGCAGCUGGUACCGGAAUUGGAGGGGUGUUUACGUCCAUGUUGUUUGGAACUAGCGACAAUUCGCAUCCGCUUUAUAGAGCGGAUGACACGUGGCGGUUUUUGGCGACUCAUGGAAACCAGUUGUACGGUAGUCAUAAAAAACCGUGCAACGGGUUAAAAAAGUUAUUUAGUGGAUGCGUGUCAAAACACGCGGCCACUGGGUUUGAAAAUUCUAUGAAAGAAUUGUUUACGGUCAAUGGGAAAUGUUUGACUUUAAAAAACACAUUAAAGCCGGUUUUAAUUCCGUGUUAUGAUUUUUCCAGCUCGGCUCCGUUUUUAUUUUCGCGAGCGGAUGCGUUGGAGACAGAUAGUUAUGAUUUUAACCUUUGGGAGGUAUGUCGUGCCACGUCAGCUUUUCCGGGUUUGUUUGACCCGGUUGAGAUGAAGUCAACGGAUGGGAAAACAAGUUGUGUGGGUGUUGACGGUGGGUUGGCUAUGAGUAAUCCAACAGCUGCGGCUAUCACGCACGUGCUGCAUAAUAAACAGGAGUUCCCGCACGUGCGAGGGGUGGAGGAUAUUUUGUUACUUUCACUUGGGACUGGUCAGGUUGUGGAAGGAAGUACUUGUGAUUAUGAAAAAGUCAAAGGGUGGCAAGGUGGUCAAUGGUGUCGGCCCAUGGCUAGAAUUUCUGGUGAUGCUUCCGCCGACAUGGUUGACCAUGCUGUCGCUAUGGCGUUUGGCCAAACCGGUAAUUAUGUCCGUAUACAGGCAAAUGGAUCCAAUAUGGGUCGUUGCGGGCUCAAUGUUGACUCGGACCCUAGUCCCAGCAACGUAAAAAGGUUGACAACAAUGGCCGACGAGAUGCUAAGACAGAAGAACGUGGAGUCUGUGCUGUUUGGGGGGAAAAGGAUCAGUGAGCAGACCAAUCUGGAGAAACUAGACUGGUUUGCUGGAGAACUCGUGUUAGAGCAUCAGAGGAGGAGAUGCCGGAUUGCUCCCACUGUUUCUCUUAAGCAAGCCUCAUGAUCAAUUAUUGCACAUACAUAAUUCUCUUUGUAAAAGGUACUUACUUUUCAUUUACUCAGCUCCUAUAAUAUAGCUAGAAAGUCUAAAAGUCAGCUUGUGUCAACUACAUAUUGAUCAUAGUGGAAAUAAUUACUCCUAAUAAGGUGAAAGCCAAGUGUGGAAGUCCUAGCUAGCUAUAGCUAAGUAGCUCUUCUAACCGUUGGUUCGCCUAUACUCUACCGACACACACGUGGGCAUUUUCGGUAUUUCUAACGUCUGUUUCGAAAGUGAUUGUGGGGCAAGGUGCGUGUAUUGUCAAUUCCUGCCUAGCUUGUGGUGGAGGAUAUGAGCAAGCUCGCGAUUCUUGAAUGGCUUGUCCGUACUCCAGAACAACAAAAAGACAAUAAAUCGAUCAAUAAUACUACUUUUUGUUGAAAAUUCAACAAUGUGUUGUUGAACCGACAACCAGGGCAGAUAUCUUUUCAGGGAGGUCUUAAAAAGAUUUCAGGGUAGGUCCUUAAUUGUUUACCGUCAUAUAUCCCAUUUUGUUAUUGGUCAAGGCAUAUAUGGUUAGAAUGUUAGAUACUUUGCCAACUUGCCUGAGAGGAUUUAAUUAAGACUGGGGUUGAACCAAAUGUACGUUCUAUACUAGAGUAGUUUAUGAACUGUUUGAUGGGAAGCUUAUUUCUAUACGAGAGAGUUGUGUGUGAACUGUUUGAUGGGAAGUUCGUUUAUAUUUAAUUUGUACCUUUAGUUAUAAAUUGUUGUGCAAUGCAGGCCUGAUGGAAUAUAAAGUAAGGUAAAGAAAAAAAGGAGUUUGUCUUUAAUUUACAACAAUAGAAAGAGAAAAGUGUACAGGAUAAAGUUAGGGGAAAAGACACGACUCGACCAACAGCCAAUUCAAAACAAAUAAGAAAAGCUGAGGUUAGGAAAAGAAUGGAUGUUGGUGAAUUUUGUCUUGGGCUUCAUAGAUAGAGUACAAGUAAUGUGGUGUCCACUCACCCCCACCCCCACUCUGUUUUGCUUUGGCAAUUAAGUAUGGCAAUUAAGUAAAAAAGGAUUAUUAUGUGUGGAUGAUCAUUGGUCAAAGGAGGCUGUUGAGUGGAUGAGAACUGAGAAAGUGAGAAGAGAUAAUUAUAAUUUGUAUCUUCUUAGUACUAUUGAAUAUUUGAUUACUAAUAUUAUUGAUACAAUUAUUCCUAACAGGCCCACUUGUAAUAGUCCAUUAUUAUUGAACUCUUUGAGCUAUUAAAGUCCUUAGAAAAGAUUAUUAUAGUGUAAAGGAAUGAAAGGGCUAAGAUAUAAGGCCCACUUGUCCCCGGGUCUUUAAUACUAUUUGUUUAAUGUAUGGUUGUGGGGUGGAGUUUUCUACAUGACAUAAAAACUUAGUGUGGCUGAUCAUAUCGAUCAAUUUGUUCUUCAUUGACGUUUUUAUGUAUCUUUUGUAAGCUUUUUGCUAAAUUAAAGUAUAAUAUACACUAAUCAUUAAAGAUCAUGCCAUCAA